CCCUUUCUGUUUUGAACUUGUUUAACAAGGGUUUUUAGAGAGUCCAGAGAAUUUUAUUCUCGUCAGUAUUUUAUACUGACCAAAGCUUACAUACUAUAAAACAGCUGUUGUUGACCAGAGACUACGUUGCAGUUUAAGAGAACCGCGUUGCGUGACAUUUAAUCGUUUGAAAGUGCUCGUUUAGAAUUUGUAAUUUGAUUUCGCGACGUUACCUAUUUAAAAACUGACGUUGUUAAACUUGUUUGGAAAAUCCAGGUGAAGAACAUGUCUGGUGCAGCAGCGAUGUUCGUGUUCUUAUUGCCGGGGAUUCCAAUGUCCAUUGUUUGAAGUCUGCAUGUCCUCCAAAUGCAAGGAUUGACUUUCUGCCCGUAUCUGGUGCAAAGUAUGUGUCUGACCGGAAGGGCUUUAGAAAGCUGCUGCAUCAAGAGCUGAUGUCAGGUUGUUACGACAUAUUGUACCUGCAUCUUGGCUCUAACGAUGUUUGCUGCAAGGAUAGCAAUUUCUACCGUUGUGUGACUGAGAUCCUUGAUGUUGUAUUCAGUGUGUGCACUGAAAUACACGUGGUGCUUUGCGUGAUUCUUCCACGUGAUUUUGAUGUGAGAAUGUUUCCCCGAUGGCCACUCUCAGGGGCACAGUUGAGGAACUACUGCCAGUGGAUAAGGAGCGCAAACAGCAUGCUGUGGGAACUGAGUCACCAUGUGCCUUCUGUGAGAUACAUGGACUAUGCAGCAACUAAACAGAAGUCCCUGUACUUGUCCCAUGAUGGACUACAUCUGAGUGCUGAAGGGGCUAGGAGGUGUUUAGCAUCCAUACAUGACGACCUGCCAAACCAGCUGUGUGUGGAGGCUGCUGUUCAAGAUCCUACAGAAUGGCCAGCUCUCUCAGCCACGGAAGUACCGGUUCAGGAGCAUGACAGCACCAUAGCACUCUUUUCGGAUAUUGUGCAGACUGGAGCUCAACCAGAGAUUCAAGACAAGGUGGAUGCAAGUGAAGUACCAGUUCCCAGGGACAUUAAGCCUCAGACACAUAAAAUAACGGUUGUCACAGCCAGAGCUAAGAGGUCUGCAACCAGAAAUGUCAAAAGAUAUGGAAAGAAGUUGGCAAAGAAAUGCCACACAAGGUCAUGCUGCAGUGGAUUUGUUUACCUUGACAUUACUGAAGAUGUGGCUGUUUUCCUGCCUGCAUACAAGUUGAAUGGCUUAUGCUUGGAAGAUGAAAUCAACGUGCCAUCCAACAUCCAUUGCCACCGAGACACUGAAGAGACGCCCCAACAAGAUGACAACGCCGCAAAUGAAGAUAAAGUCAAUGUGCCAUCCCACUUCUUUUUCCAACGAGACACUGACGAGACGCCCCAACAAGAUGUAGACACUUCACAGCUUCUUCUUAUUCUUUCAAAUGACGUUGAACUUAACCCUGGACCGAUAUUCCAGACAAUACCGGUCCCUGUGGAAGCGGUUGGCUCAAGCGAGAAGAUGACGAUAAUUACAGUGAAAAUGGACUGACCAUACACGAAAGACAAAGGACAUUAAAUAUUUACACAAAUUUUGCACCUGUAAAAUGUGACAUUCAUAUACGUGAAUGCUAUAAUUCAAUUAGUAAGCCAUGCAGAAUUCUUUGGGAUGAAGGGGACUUAGAUUGUUUACAUGUAUUAAGUAGGGAUACAGCAGCAGGAGAUGAAAUACGGUGGGAAUUUGUAUCUAUGGUUAUGAAUUCUAGUUGCACUUUUUCCUCUUACUGCCAGUUUAAAAAUGAGAUGUAUAAAACUCGCCACAAUAAGGCUAGGUUUAUGGAUCAAACAGUUUUUUUUUAUUUUUGGUUCAGUUGGGCUUCAAACAUGAAAAUAGAUUAUUCUAAAGUUGAAACUUCUGCUCGAGGAACAUCAACAUUAUUUCUUUGGUUCUGUGCAGACCAUGGACAUUGCUAUGGUUUCCACAUGACUGGGGCAGAAGGAAGAAAAGAUCCCGCAUUAUCACUCUAUAGCUAUUUAGAAACCCCUCCACAAGACGUGUUUUAUGACUUUGCAUGUAAUUUACAAGAAUAUUGCCUAAACAGAGAAAGUGGAUACUAUAAAAAUGAACUUUUUUUUCAUGACAUUUUCCAUGGCUACUCCCACAAAUGUUCUAGUGCUUUUACAGCUAGCAGACUUCAAGGCUUUGAAUCUGUAAAAUCUGAAAUAUGUGAACAAUUCAACAGCUUUAUACAGUGCAUUAAAAGGUUGGCCCGUCAGAUGUCACAGUCACACUUUUGCUUUUACCUACAAUUCUUUUUAAAUGAAUGGAAUAAGAAGAAAAAGUUAUCAUAUGAAAAAAGAUAAGAAUUGCUUUAGCUGGGUUAGUUUAAUGUGAUACUUAAAUGAUCUAUAAUUUUAAGUUCAUCUGAACUUUGAAUACUUACUAUUGCAUCUUUUGAUGCUUUUUUCUAUUUAAAGACUGAGCGAGUAAACACAUACUAUGUAUUAUUAUGCAAUAAUUGUUUUGUGUUUAUAUCUCAACUGAGCAUAAAGUGCUCAGGGUGAGCUAUUGUGAAUGGUCUUGGUCCGUCAUGGGUCAACAUUUUUUACUUAAACAACAUCUAACCUCUGUGCCAAUCUUAAUGAAACAUGGCACGAGUUUUCUUUCAUGAACCUCUUUCAAAGUUGUUAAAUGAAAUGCAUUCCAUGCAUAAAUCUGGUUGCAAUGGCAACCAAAAGGAAAGCUUAUAUAUUUGGCAUAAAACAUCGUCUGGUUGACCUCCUUCGUGAAUUUCAAAAUAUGCUAUACCCAACUCACAGGCAAAUUUGUCCUUAUUUGCUCAUAGUGAACACUUCUUUUAAAUGGCCAGGAAGAGAGUUCAAGUUUAUAGACAAGAACAACAGUCAGAUGAGCGAUAUAGUGUCAUCAUGGCACCUUUAUAGCUGAAUCAUUUAUGAAAAAUUGUCAAUUAUAUGUUCUGUGACUUGUAUGAUUUGCAGUAUUCAUUUCGCUGUCUUCAUGCACCUUACAAAAGCCAUUUUAUUAUCAGUGUUCCUGAUUCUGUUGUAGCAUUUAUUCUUGAAAUUCGUUAUUUUUCAUAUUUUUCCUAAUUGUUAUGCUCCCGAAAUACAAUUUCGCCGGAGCAUAUAGUUUCCAGUUUGUCCUUCCUCACUAGUUUCCCAUAGCACCUUCAAUUCUUUACCGAUCUCUUUCAUAUUAGGCAUGUAGGUACCUUGCAUGGACCUUAACCUUUUGAUGAGGUCACUGGGGUCAAGGUCACCAAGGCUAAUAAUAGAUUUUUCCGUCACACUUUUGUCACAGUUUCUCAUAGCACAUUCAAUACUUUAACGAUCUCUUUCAUAUUUGGCACGUAGGUACCUUGCAUGACCUCUUCCUUUUGAUGAGGUUUGAGGUCACUGGGGUCAAUGUCACCGAGGCUAAUAAUAGAAUUUUUUAAGGUGGUUAUUAACACAUAGAUUGACAUAGCGCAUCAUCGGGGAGCAUCCAUCAGUUUCACUGAUAUUCUUGUUGUAUGUUAUAUACGUGAUCAUAGAUACUGUAAAUUUUGUCUUAUGCGACAUGUUUAUAAUGUAGAAGAUGAGUACCCUGUGUUUAUGCAGUGCCCAUUAUAUAACACAGAUAUGAUUUGUUUAUUCCGCUGUGUUUGAAUGAAAUGGAAACUUUGGUUUGUUCAAUAUGUUAAUGGCCGAUGAAAAUGACAAGCACAUAUUUUUGAUUGCAAAAUGUGUGUAUGUGCAUGCUAAUAUAUAACAACUACGUAAUUAUCAUGCAAAUUAGCUGUCAUUUUAAUUCUGCAUGCUUGUAUUGCAUUGUUUAUUUAUAUCUGAUAAAAAAUACUGAUUCUUAGGUUACUUUAUAAGUAUGUUACUAUUUUGCAUGCUUACAUGUUAUAGGUAGUUAAUUAUAAAGUAAUCCUUGUUUUGGUGGUAUUAUAAUGUAUAGCAGCAUUUGUUCUACGAAAGUGCAUGCGUGUUGCAUCAUAUGACUUUGUUUUCUUUAACUAUUCAGGUUAUUUUAUAUAAUUAUGAAAUUAAACUAUGUAUUAUGGCCCUGUGGCCUGACUGCAAAUAAAUAUUCGUAUUUGUAUACAGUUUUUGUAAUGUGAUGUAUGGUGGUAUCAUGUUGUUUCACUUUUUGAUCAAUAUAACUAUUAUGCAUACAA